AACACCAGCGGCACGUGUUUGAGCAUGGCGGCCACCGCUAAGAAGAUAGUUGGUGUUUCUGAAGACUCAAGCAGCAGUGACGAUGAAGUGUUGAGAAGAUGUCAGGAGGCCGUUUGGGAAACACGAAGUGACACGAAGAAAGAUGGGGGCAAUGUGCAACAGUCAAAACGAAUUGUUGUCGCUGACCAUGAUCACGAUGCCAACGAGCUCCAGGUCACCCAAGGGUUUCGAACACAUGUCGCCAAAAAGUUAGGAAAUCUUCUCGACAGUCGCUUUACAGAGAUGAAGACUGAAACUGAAUCCUGUGCGGAGUCAGCAAAAUGUGAUGAUGAUGAUGAGGGAUUUCUUCUGUUUUCUACAUCAGUCCCGGGACAGGCAGCUGUAGAAGCCCCAGCCCCUGUGAGGCGGCGGCCUAUCUCCAGCUCAAGUGACAGUGACAGUGAGAUGGAAAUGAGGCUGCGGGAGGCGGCAGUGUCUAUCAAAGAUCUCUUGCCCUCUUUUUCGCUGCCCUCUACACUCUCCACCCCCUCAUCUGAGCUUCCCUGCUCAGAAAAUAUAAAGGAAAAGAAAAACGUGGUAGAGGAAAAGGAGAACCAUGUUGUUAAGAAGAAGAAGAAGAAGAAAAAGAGGAAACGGAAACAAGAGAAGGGUGAGCAGGUAGACUCUGCAGGUUCUCCUGUUAAUGAUGAGCAUGGGAACUCUGAGCAGGAACACACGCAGGUCAAAGUGAAGCGGAAAAAGAAGAAGAAGCGACACACAGAGGAAGAAGUAUGAUGUGAAUUUCUUUUGACUUAUCCUUCACUGUUUUGGGAUGUUUGUUAUCCAGUCUCUCACAAGCUUGAAAUAUAUAUCCCAAAACAUUUUGAAUAUGUUUUAGGAAGCUGUGUGUUUAAGAACAUUCAUCAUUUACACAACAGUAAAACUGUAUCUGAACAAAAAACCCUUUUUCAUUAAAAAACCUUUUCAUA